AUGGCUGAUACUCGCCCUUUGUUUUUUGCUACUCGCCCUGAUGGGGUUUUGACCCCUAUGGCUCCACUUGACGAGUUCCCCGUCGGCGUUUCGAUUCGAGGAGUCCCCAGAACCAUGAACGCAGCUGCAACCCAAGGUAUGAUCAGUUGUGGCGUUGCCCCUGCUCGACAGGAUCCUUGGGUCAUUGAAGGCCCCAUUGCUGCUGGAAUGGCGGUCUCGCCCAAGAAAGAUUUGGGUGAACUCAAGUCCGUUCUUGUGAAGAUCCUUGAAGACAAUGCUCUUCCCGUUGGAUACCACCAGCUUCUUAAGGACACCAUGACCCGGCACUUGGACAAUGUGCCAUUCUCUAAAGUCCUGAUUCCCCUUGGGCCUGCCAAUUCUCAAAAUGGAGAUAAGCACAACCGGACUGGUGCCAAGACUAAAAUCUAUUGCUCCUACUGGAUUCGUCACGGCGAGUGUGAUUACCUUCAGCAAGGAUGUAUGUACAAACACGAGAUGCCUUCCGAGGACAUCCUCGUUAGCGAGCUUGGUCUGCGUGAUAUCCCCAGAUGGUAUCGCGAGAAAUUCAACCUCCCAAGUCUUUUGAAUACAGCCUACCGCCCCCCGACUCAACUUGCUAUCGAGUACAAGGAACCUCUUCCUGUGGCUAAUGAACGUGUCAACCUUGCCGAGACCUCUAACACCAACCACCGCGGCACCAACAACGGCCGAUUCAGAGGCAACCGUGCUGCUGGUCAAAAUGCCAAGGCUCGCGGUAAUGGCCGUAGCCACAUAGGCACUCACAACACUAACGCCAACCACAACGGUAAUCACAAUGUCGGCCACAAUGGCAACCGCGCUUCGACCACUGGAGUGAGCAAUGGCUUUCACAAUGUCACUAACAACAAUGAGGCAAUGAUUGUGCAAGAUGUGCUUCGUAUUGUGAAGUCUGAACAAGGAGAUACUAUCACCCCAGGCACUGGUACUAGUGGGAACAAUAGCAGCAUCAAGGGAAAUAGCCAGAACAGCGGAUUCCCCAGCAUGUAUGCUCAGGGUUCGCCUUUUGCUAUCCCGCCUCAUGCUGCCCAUGGUUUCUCCUCUGUUGCCCCGGGAGUUAAUGCAGCCUCCUCGUACCCUACGCCCACAUUCGGAGGCGAGUCUCUCAACAUCUCCUCCCAUCUGGAUCCUCACCUCUUGGAUCGCGAUGAUGGAGAUUUGUUGGGUCUUGAGACCGGUAUGCACUCCAAGCUUGAUGAGCUUGAGGACCUGUUCCACCCCGAUGGACGUCCUGAGUCUGGUCCUGUGCUUUCUACCAUGGGCUAUCUUCUUGGUGAGCUUGUCAAGAAAUCUGACCCAAUUCACCCGCACACGGUACUCUUCAAUUUUGGAGCCAUUGGUCAGGAUGUUAUCUAUCCUCCUAAGUCUCAGUGCCCCAAGACUGGUGCUCUUAUUGAUCCCGAGGUUGUAGUUGACAAAAUCGUUGACGUGAAACCUCCCAAGUUCACUUCUACCAAGCGCCCCGUUACGAAGCGUCCCAUUGCUAAGCGCCCCAUCGAUAUGUACGACAACUUCGAUAUCUAA